AUUUUAAAUAUUGCAUAUAUCCCCAUGCAGUUUUCCGUUUGUAUUUUGCUACUAAACCUGCUGCGUGUAUGUACCACGCUAACCAAAGCGCACAGCGUCGCUCUUCUCCAUCAAACCGGCUCCUCUUCGUGUAUCUCUCAUUAUAGCCGUGCUGGUGACGUGUUUGCUUUGUUGGCAGAAAGCUGUGUGCUCUGCUCUUUCAUGAACACCGCAAAAUGGUUUGUUCUGCUUCUUUAUAAUUAAACUAUACCAUUAGUAAACGCAGGAUAUUUGUUUUAAGUGUCACCAUUACUGGACUAUAAAUCGAAACAAUGGAAUCACGAAUGAAAAGCGAGGCACUGAAAAGGUACGUUUCCGUCAUCAUUUUAAUAUCUGCUCUACAUACAACAUCUUCUGUUACUCAUUAUUCUAUAUCCGAAGAACUGGAUGAGGGAUCUAUCGUGGCUAAUUUGGCAACGGAUCUGGGAUUAGAUGUUAAGACACUGAGUAAACGCAAAAUUCGCCUCGACACACUUGCAAAUAAAAGAUAUCUGGAUAUUAACAAAGAAACGGGAGAGCUGUUCAUUGUGGAGCGAAUCGACCGAGAGCUCAUUUGCACCACCAAGGCGACAGCUGCUUGUGUUCUUAAACUGGAUGCUACAAUCGAAAAUCCCGUGCGAAUGUUUAACAUUGAGCUAGAAAUCCUUGAUAUUAACGACAAUGCUCCACAUUUUCGAAGGGACACAAUGCAUUUGGACAUUUCAGAGUCAACGCCUGUGGGGGAACGAUUCUCUUUAAACAAUGCGGUUGAUCCUGAUAUUGGUGUUAAUUCAAUUAAGACUUACUACCUCAGUGAAAGCGACCAUUUUUCAAUAGAGAUACAAACUGGAAGAGAUGGAUCGAAAUUCACUGAUUUAAUUAUGAAAAAGCCUUUAGAUAGAGAAGAACAAGCUUCACAUAAUCUGAUUCUCACUGCUGUGGAUGGAGGAGUCCCCGCGCGCUCUGGCACAGCCAGCAUUAUUGUGCGCGUUCUGGACACCAAUGACAACGCCCCUCAAUUCGAUAAAGACAGUUAUACUAUAAAUCUGACUGAAAACGCGCCUAUUGGAAGCCUUGUAGUGAAACUAAACGCGACAGAUAAAGACGAGGGAACAAAUUCUGAAAUAUUUUAUGCUUUUAGUUUAUACACUUCAGAGAAAACGCAGCAGACUUUCAGCCUGAAUCCUAAUAAUGGAGAAAUCAGAGUGAAAGAGCUGAUUAAUUAUGAGGAUUUCAGGAUCUAUGAUAUGGAAAUUAUAGCAACAGAUAAAGGAGCUAAUAGUCUUACAGGAAAGUGUAAAGUAAAGAUUUUAAUCACAGAUAUGAAUGAUAAUCAUCCUGAAAUCUCCAUCAGAUCAGUCACAAGUCCAGUUAAAGAGGAUGUGGCUGUAAACACAGUGAUUGCAGUUGUUAGUGUGAGUGAUAAAGACUCUGGAGAGAAUGGACAGGUAGACAUUCAUAUCUCUGCUGAUUUACCUUUUGCGCUUAAAGAAUCCUCUGAUAAUUAUUAUGAAUUAUUAGUUUCAGAGCCGUUAGACCGUGAAAAGCUUCCAGAAUAUGACAUCACUAUCACCGUGACUGACAGGGGCAACCCGCCGUUAUCUGAUAAUGAAACUAUCACUUUAGAGCUGCUGGACGUGAACGACAAUGUUCCUCAGUUCCCACAGACUUUCUACACGAUACCAGUAAUGGAGAAUAACGCGCCUGGAGCUUCACUGAGCUCUAUAACUGCUGUAGACCCAGAUCUCCAUGAAAAUCAGUAUCUGGUUUAUUUCAUCAUAGAGAAGGAAAUAGCCAACACCUCCAUGUCCAUGCUGUUCUCCAUUAACCCGGAGAACGGCAAUCUUUACGCGCUGAAGACGUUUGAUUAUGAGAUAGAGAAGGAUUUUCUGUUCCACAUCGAGGCCAGAGACUCUGGUGUUCCUCCGCUCAGCAGUAACGUGACCGUUCACAUUAUUAUCAUGGACCAGAACGACAACACACCGCUUAUAGUGUCUCCGUGGCGCGCGCAGGGCUCCGAGGUGAAGGAAACCAUCCCGAGAUCCACCGAUAAAGGAACUCUGAUCGCCAAAGUCAUCGCCAUAGACUCUGAUUCAGUGCACAACUCUCGCAUCACCUACCAGUUUCUCCAGAACACCGACGCUACGUUAUUCAGCUUGGAUCAAUACAACGGAGAGAUCCGGACCAUGAGGAUGUUCAGCUACAGAGACUCGCGAGACCAGCGGCUGGUGGUGAUCGCCAAGGACAACGGAGAGCCCGCGCUCUCUGCUACAGUCACCAUCAAACUGUCCACGGUGGAGACCGCGCUUAAAACCUACACUGAGGUGCCUUUGGAGUAUGACAUCUUCUCGGAUUUAAACCUGUAUCUGGUGAUCGGACUGGGCUCGGUGUCAUUUCUUCUGCUCAUCACUAUAUUGGUGACCAUCGUGCUCAAGUGCCAGAAGGCGAAGCCCAGCAAAGCGGCUCCUCCGAGCAGGAACAGUGUGAUCAGCGAGAGGAACUCCACCAUCGCGGACUCCACUCUGGUCUCCAACGAUGCCUACUGGUACAGUUUAUUUCUAGCAGAGACGAGGAAAGGAAAGCUGGUGGUCAGACAGCCUGUGCCAAAGGGAGCGAGAUACAUCGUGUCCAGCAUCCCGAGGAGCACAGGACUGACCGAGACCAGCGACUCUGCGGCUUCUACUCUACAGGUGAGAUUCAUAUAUAUAUUUAAAUCCUGUUUAUUGUCAUAUUUUACAAUUUAUUCCUUUUAUCAGACAAUGGAUUCUGAUUUGAACGCCCUGUCGUGGAGAAGGUACGUCUCGCUGCUUUUCCUUUUAUCAGCGGUUUGCCGCUCGGCUCUGGCUGUUACGCACUAUUCUGUUCCGGAGGAGAUGGAAGUGGGGUCUGUCGUGGCUAAUUUAGCUACUGAUUUAGGGCUUGACGUACAGACUUUGAUAAAAAGAAACGUCAGAUUAGAUGUUAUUGCUAACAAAAAAUACCUCGCUAUAAACAAAGACAGAGGUGAGCUGUACAUACAAGAGAAGAUUGAUCGUGAAUAUUUGUGUACUGCCAAAACGACGUGUUAUCUAAAAAUGGAGGUUAUCGUGGAGAACCCUGUGCGAAUAUUUUAUAUCGAGCUGGAAAUCACUGACAUAAAUGACAAUAAUCCUCAGUUUAGACGCGAUACUAUUAAUUUAGAUAUCACUGAGUCAACAUCAGCCGGUGAGCGAUUCUCUGUCAGUAAUGCGGUGGAUUCUGAUGUCGGCUCAAACUCUGUUAAAACGUACUAUUUGAGCAAAAACGAGCACUUUGACAUUGAAAUUCAGUCUGGGAGGGACGGGUCCAAAUUUGCAGAUUUAAUAUUAAAAAAGGCGCUAGAUCGGGAAACGCAGGCUGUUCAUAAUCUGAUUCUGACAGCAGUGGAUGGCGGAGUCCCUCCGCGUUCAGGCACGGCCAGCAUCAUGGUUCGUGUGUUGGAUGCCAAUGACAACGCCCCUAAAUUUGACAAAGACAGCUACACCAUCAAUUUAACUGAAAACGCACCCAUAGGCAGCCUGGUGGUUAAAUUAAACGCUACAGAUCUAGACGAGGGUUCUAAUGCAGAGCUGGUGUAUUCAUUUAGUCUGUAUACAUCAGAGAAGACACAGAAAACGUUCAGUCUGAAUCCUGACAGUGGUGAAAUUAGAGUGAAAGAGAUGGUUAAUUAUGAAGACUUUAGAAUUUACGAUAUGGAAGUUAUAGCAUCUGAUAAAGGCACACAUCCAUUAUCAGGUCAAUGCAAAUUAUCAGUGUUAAUAACUGACAUGAAUGAUAAUCAUCCUGAAAUUUCGAUUAAGUCAUUUCAGAGCACAGUUAAAGAGGAUGUGGCUGUAAACACAGUGAUUGCAGUUGUUAGUGUGAGUGAUAAAGACUCUGGAGAGAAUGGACAGGUAGACAUUCAUAUCUCUGCUGAUUUACCUUUUGCGCUUAAAGAAUCCUCUGAUAAUUAUUAUGAAUUAUUAGUUUCAGAGCCGUUAGACCGUGAAAAGCUUCCAGAAUAUGACAUCACUAUCACCGUGACUGACAGGGGCAACCCGCCGUUAUCUGAUAAUGAAACUAUCACUUUAGAGCUGCUGGACGUGAACGACAAUGUUCCUCAGUUCCCACAGACUUUCUACACGAUACCAGUAAUGGAGAAUAACGCGCCUGGAGCUUCACUGAGCUCUAUAACUGCUGUAGACCCAGAUCUCCAUGAAAAUCAGUAUCUGGUUUAUUUCAUCAUAGAGAAGGAAAUAGCCAACACCUCCAUGUCCAUGCUGUUCUCCAUUAACCCGGAGAACGGCAAUCUUUACGCGCUAAAGACGUUUGAUUAUGAGAUAGAGAAGGAUUUUCUGUUCCACAUCGAGGCCAGAGACUCUGGUGUUCCUCCGCUCAGCAGUAACGUGACCGUUCACAUUAUUAUCAUGGACCAGAACGACAACACACCGCUUAUAGUGUCUCCGUGGCGCGCGCAGGGCUCCGAGGUGAAGGAAACCAUCCCGAGAUCCACCGAUAAAGGAACUCUGAUCGCCAAAGUCAUCGCCAUAGACUCUGAUUCAGUGCACAACUCUCGCAUCACCUACCAGUUUCUCCAGAACACCGACGCUACGUUAUUCAGCUUGGAUCAAUACAACGGAGAGAUACGGACCAUGAGGAUGUUCAGCUACAGAGACUCGCGAGACCAGCGGCUGGUGGUGAUCGCCAAGGACAACGGAGAGCCCGCGCUCUCUGCUACAGUCACCAUCAAACUGUCCACUGUGGAGACCGCGCUUAAAACCUACACUGAGGUGCCUUUGGAGUAUGACAUCUUCUCGGAUUUAAACCUGUAUCUGGUGAUCGGACUGGGCUCUGUGUCAUUUCUUCUGCUCAUCACUAUAUUGGUGACCAUCGUGCUCAAGUGCCAGAAGGCGAAGCCCAGCAAAGCGGCUCCUCCGAGCAGGAACAGUGUGAUCAGCGAGAGGAACUCCACCAUCGCGGACUCCACUCUGGUCUCCAACGAUGCCUACUGGUACAGUUUAUUUCUAGCAGAGACGAGGAAAGGAAAGCUGGUGGUCAGACAGCCUGUGCCAAAGGGCGCGAGAUACAUCGUGUCCAGCAUCCCGAGGAGCACAGGACUGACCGAGACCAGCGACUCUGCGGCUUCUACUUUACAGGCAUCCACCACCACCAGCAGUAGUUCCACUUGAGGUCUCUCCCUCGGAGCAACGUAUGAAAAAAAAGGACCCUCAGCCUGCAUGUGUGUCCUCCUGCAUCCGUCAUAUUCACCUGCACCAUGAAGAAACAAACCCCGAAUGAUGUCUACAUCUUCACCUCGAUGUUUGGAGAGUGUUAAAAGCCUGCUUGAGGACGAUCUGACCAGAGAAAUGGCAAAAAUGAGAUGCGCUUACAGCUGGACUUGGGCUGAGUCUGUGAGAACACACACACAUAUACACACACAUCGGUAUUGGUGGUUUACAAGGACUCUCUAUUGAUGUAAUGUAUUUUAUACAGCUUAUUACAUGGCCCGAUGGACCAUUCUGAGGGAUGUAAACGAAAACAAGGGUCUCAACAUAUCUCCUGUAUCACAUUUUUAAUUUCUAUAGCUUCCGAGAAUCCAAAAAGAGCCACAUAUUGAUAAAUAAUGUUAUAUUAUGUAAAUAACAGCUGUUUUAACAUUAAAUUAUGAUAAUCAAAGUUGAAAUCAAGCAUGAAAUGUUCUUGGGCCAAUGACAUGACCACAUUGAAAUGGUCUAUAACCCACCCCACGCCUAAAACCCUCCCUCACAGGGAACCUGAACCAUGUUUGAAUGCCAAAAUACCACGUUAAGUGUGCAUUUUGAAGCAUUUUAAUUACAAGGACAUCAUAAACCACACCAUAAUAACGUACAACUAUGUCAUACCCAAGUAAUUAUACACAAAUCAUAUACAUUAUAUGUGUAAACCACCAAAACCAGCACACACAAGCACACACAUGCAUAUCUUGAAAGAGCAUAGGUCUUGUGUUUUCUUGGAGAAACCUUUCUGCAAAACCAUUUUGCUCGUGUUUGCAUGGUUAAAUCUCCAUGUUUGAUGUCUUGGUUAUAUUUAGCGACUGGUGGAGACAUUUGAGGGAGGAAUUAUUAACAGAUGACCUGGUGUGGAUAUGGAAUUGGUACAAAAAAAUCCCAUUAUUAAUCUGUAGCUUUCAGUUUACAGCAAGGUCGCAUUAGUUAAUGUGUUAACUUACACGAACAAACAAUGAGCAAUACAUUUAUUUGAGUAUUUAUGCAUCUUCGUUAAUGUCAGUUAAUGAAAAUAAACUCAUUGUUGGCUCACAGUGCAUUAGCUGAUGUUAAUUAUGCAUUUUAAUAAUGCUGUAAUGCUGUACAAGUAUUGUUCAGGAUCAGUUUGUGGCAGUAAAUUCAUUUACUAACAUAAAUUGCCGGUUUAUUUAUCUUACAAACAAACAUUUUAGGGCAAAAACCUUAUAAAAUGUUGACAAUGUGAGUGAAAAUUAAAGAAAGGAGCAUGCAAACAUUAUUAUAUUAGCAAAACCUGCUUAUACAAAGUGCAUUUUACCUUUGGAUUCAAAUAUAUAUGGAAAAUUAAGAUUACCAAUGG